AUGUAUGGCCUAUUGACCAUCCUCGGCCUGACGGGCGCCCUGGCCCUGAACCCCCCGUACUAUGCGAACCUCACCUGGGAGGGCGCCCGCACGCUGUCCAACUGGAGCAAUCUGACCGUCGAGACACGCACGGGCACGUUUAUUGGGUUUUUGAACGAUACGUAUCCUGAUGUCCGGCAGUUCUUGAGAGUUCCAUUCGCAAAGCCCCCCAUUGGUGACCUGCGAUGGCUCCCCCCACAACCGCUUGACAAAUCAUCCAAAAGAAUUGAUUCGACGCGAUUCGGGCCAGCCUGCCCUCAAUACGUGGCUACAAGCGACGCCCUGUGGUCCGAAUACGAACCGCCCAGUCUACUGCUCAACAUCGGAGAAGCAGACAACCAAGGCGCCGUCGCCUGGUCGUCUGCCGAAGACUGUCUCUCGCUCGCCGUGUGGACGCCCGCGUACGCGAACAAGACCUCCAGCUUACCUGUCGCUCUCUUUGUGACGGGUGGGGGGGGAGUGUCGGGGGGGAUUGAAGUGCCCUCGCAGCUGCCUUCGAAUUGGGUGUCGAGAACACAGGAACAUAUCGUUGUGACUAUCAACUACCGGCUGAACAUCUUUGGCAACCCCAAGUCGAAAGCGUUGGAUGAAACGUCGCUGUCCCUGCUGGACGUCAGAGCGGCGGUGGAAUGGGUGUAUGAGAAUAUUGAAGCGUUUGGUGGAGACAAGGAAAAUAUAAUGCUAUGGGGUCAAUCCCAAGGAGCGGCGUUAACCCAUCUAUACACCCUGGCGUUCCCUGAAGACCCCCUCGCCGCCAAAUUCGGGGUGAUUUCUCAACCGCCAUCAGUGACGAUCAACAUGUCGGAUACCACCGACGUGUACGCCGACUUCCACAUCGUGGCCGAGGGGCUUGGGUGUAACUACGGCGACGAUGUUGAUGCCGAGCUGGAGUGUAUGCGACAGGUCUCCUGGGUGCAGAUUGAGGAGUAUAUCAAUCGGUACAACAGUUCGCCAUCCAUUGCAUUCACCAACUACAUCCCUGACGAACGAUACAUCUUUGCCGACGAGGAAGCCCGCUAUCAGGCCGGAAAGGUGGCCCGCGGCCCUGCCAUCCGAUCGGAUACCUCGCGCGAAGAGUCCGUGGUCAACGAAACCAAGACGAUGGAGGUGGAAGAGCAAUGGGUGUGUACUGCCUUCCAGGACUCGGUGCGUCGCGCCCGCCUGGGUCUGGACACGUACCGGUAUGAAUGGUCCGGCAACUUCAGCAACAUCAGCCCGGUCUCGUACCUGGGUGCCUUCCACUGGUCGGAUCUGAUGAUGAUCUUCGGCACGUACAUGACGGAUGCGGGCGAGAUCACAGACCUGGAGGUCACCACGUCACACACCAUGCAGGACUUUAUCCUUGCCUUUCUCAAGGAUCCGCAGACGGUCGGCGCCACGGUUGGAUGGCCUCUGUUUGAUGCCGAGGCGCCGCAUGGGGGGCUUAUUCUGGAAUUCGGCAAUAACACCGCGGUCAAGAACAUCACCGGCGACUUUCUCGAGGCCGGCUGCUGGAAUUCUUCUUACUCAUUCCCUAUCUAUGAGCCGAGAGUGUCCUCUUAG